AAACGUCCAAGUAUUUUCAAGUAAUGUUUACCACAGACCUUAUUUUACUUGUAAAUUCAAAACUGCCAUUAUAAAAACCCAUAGGGAAAUUUUGAGGGAAUAUAAUGCUCAAAGAUGCAAAUACUUUUCUGGGUUUUUGGGCUAAAGGUCGACCGAUAGUGGAUUUUACCGAUAACUAAGUUGAGCAGUACCUGCCAAUAAUCGAUUAAUUAACUGAUAGUUUUUUAAAUUGAUACUGAAUGAAAAAAUAACAAAGUAAAAUAGUGCUGAACUUUAUUACAAAAAUAAACAGUACUGACUGAACCAUGAAAAUGUGUUGUACUUUUUAAAAUGAAAUAAAUAUUAAUUUACAUGAACUAAUAUUAAAAUUUUAAAGUCAGCUGAUUUUUAAAUUGACGUUGUUUUCUUUGUCCACAGGAGGGCGCGAUAAAUACAUACACCAUUCAGCACUGUUAUAUUAUUGCAUAGAGCAUUCCUAUUCAGGCUGUUAAAAAAAAAAGAGCAUUUCGUUUUCAACUAACGUGCAUAAAAUACAUAAAUAAAAAGUUUUAGUCGGUCCAUAUUCUCAUAUGUUAAGUCAAAAGUAAAAUGAGGGGGGAAACGCUUCAAUAGACCGUUCACAUGGUGUUACACUUGCACUGAUCCCUACUACUCCAGACUCAAGCUUCAUAAUAACUGCGAAAUACCACAUUGCUUUUUGUUUUAAAAAGAGCUUUAAAAGCAUAUUGAGACACCUGUUUUCUGUUAAACUGUAUUUGUUGCACUGUGUCUAGCCUUUUUUACUGCAAGUAUUCGAUUGAUCUGAAGUCAUCAUAUUACAGUGAGGAUACAUUUUUUAAUUGAAAUCAGAUGUGUUUUUGAUUUGUUUAUACGUUUCUCUCGGCUGCAUGAAGAUAUUAAUUUGCUUUCUCACGUUACUAGUUUAAAUAUGCAACUUAGCUGGCUAAUGAAUGCAUAAACGUGACCUCAUGGAUAUAAACUAAUGCUGUAGAUGGUAACAAUCGUGACAUUUAAACAUUUGGGGUGAACUUGUGUCUAUUUUUGUCACAUUGUUCUAACCGCUUGAGGUUAUCUUUAAUGUUAGCAUCCCCUCAGCCUUUUUGGCAAACAUACUGCUGUUCUCUAAUAAUGCAGCAUUUAGUCAACAAAUUAGUUUCUUUAUAAUGAUAUGACAACAUGUACUGUAGUGUACUGUAUGCAUACCUUUUCAUUGUUGAUGUUUUAAAUCCACAUCUAAAGUUCCGCUCCAUGCAGAGUGUAGUCUCAUGUCAAAACAAACACCACAAGGCAUUAGUGAAAUGAUAGUUUUUAUUUCGCCUCUAGAGAGGCCACUCUCGUACUUUUUAAGGACAGUGGACCCUUCCCAGCUGCUCCAGCACCAGACACAAUGGGGAAAAACUAUCAGUGUGGAUUUUUGCAGAUAACCGAUAGUUCCAGAAAUCUGUUAUCAGUGCCGAUUAAUCGGCAAAACCGAUAAAUCGGUCGACCUCUAUUUUGGACAACAUGAACAGCUCUACAGUCGAAGUCAGAAGUUUACAUACACUUAGGUUGAAGUCAUUAAAACUCUUUUUUUUUUUUAACCACUCCACAGAUUUAAUAGUAGCAAACUAUAGUUUUGGCAUGUCAUUUAGGACAUCUGCUUUGUGCAUGACACAAGUAAUUUUUCCAACAAUUGUUUACAGACAGAUUGUUUCACUUUUAAUUGACUAUGUCACAAUUCCAGUGGGUCAGAAAUUUACAUACACUAAGUUAACUGUGCUUUUAAGCAGCUUGGAAAAUUCCAGACAGUGAUGUCAAGCCUUUAGACAGUUAGCCAAUUAGCUUCUGAUAGGAGGUGUACUGAAUUGGAGGUGUACCUGUGGAUGUAUUUUAAGGCCUACCUUCAAACUCAGUGCCUCUUUGCUUGACGUUAUGGGAAAAUCAAAAGAAAUCAGCCAAGACCUCCAAUUGUGGACCUCCACAAGUCUGGUUCAUCCUUGGGAGCAAUUUCCAAGCGCCCGAAGGUACCAUGUUCAUCUGUACAAACAAUAGUACGCAAGUAUAAACACCACGGGACCACGCAGCCAUCAUACUGCUCAGAAGGGCGCAUUCUGUCUCCUAGAGAUGAACGUAGAUUGGUGCGAAGAGGCCCUAUUAUGCUUUUGGGGAUUUUACCUUUCCUUUAGUGUGUAACAUAGCUGUUUGUGUAUGUAAAAGGUCUGCAAAGUUACAAAGGACAAAGUCCACACAAAAGGGAGUUAUUCUCUCCCACAGACAACACUGCUCCUGAACUACACGAAACGCCUGGUUUGUAUUCCAGCCAUUUCUUCCAUAAAGUAUCUGCGUCACUAUGUAACACAUUUGUAUAAUGCCCGCCUAAGGGCUAUUUUGGCCUGCCCUCCAGGAUGAGUUGGGUUAGUGUUGUUGCUAUGUUGAGAAGAUGCUGUUUUCUUCACUGCAAAAGCAAAACCAAAGGCAGACGAAUUGAAGAAUCAGUGGUUAAAAUUUAUUUUAAUUAUUUAGCAGUACAACCGCAACCAAUGCCGGAUUUUCAAGACGGUUACUCCUGAAAGAUGGUGCAGUUCCCACAUUGUUGGGAUAAUCUGGCGCUUCAGAAUUACAACCUGUAAGUAUGUUUGAUUAUUUAUGGAUUUAUCUGCUACCGAGAGUUCAAAUGCAGAGUUUUGUGUUGUAGAUACGGUGUACACCCAGUGCACAGCUGUAGGCUUCUGCUAACCUGCUAGCUAAUGUUAUUGUGUUGAAAUAGUUUUGCUAAUCAGCUGCGGGCCCACUUUUACCUACAAUUGUGGAAUAGUGAUCAAGUGUGGAGAUGGAUUUAUUUGUACAAAUGGUAAUUUUAUGUCUGCAAUCCACGGUAGUGCUCGGCUAACUUGCUAUGUAAUGUUAUUGUUUUGGUAAGGGUUUACUAUUCAGCUGUGGGCCGGCUUUUACCUAAAACUGUGUAACAAAAUGGUUGAUCUCAAGAGUCUUAUAUAAUUGUAUGAUUAUUACAAGCUGUAAUGUUACGGCCGCUAUCCACGGUAGCCCACGGAUAACUUGAUCACUAACUCUCUAAUACCCCCGGUAAUAUCCAACCUGGAGUAAGCCUUUGUUCUCCAUUCAUAGCUCUGGUGAAAAAAAAUGUGGCUACACGAAUUCCAGCAAAAGAUGACUAACUUAUAUGCACUAUGUGUCUUUUACUUGAAGUUUUGUUAGGUUCACAAUAAUCAACAAUGUACGUGUAAGAAAGCUACAAAAUUAAAACUUACCACUGUGAAACGUCCUGCUCAAUUCGUGCUUGCGAAGGUGGUUCGGGUCGAUCAGCUUGUUCUUCCAAACCAGCUGCCCAAUCAGAGCAGGAUGAGCUUUUCGGAAAGGGGGGCUUUAAAGAGACAGGAGGUAAAUCGGAGCGUUUCAGCCAGAGGAUGAAAAUAGGUUUAGCAGAAAUAUAGAGUUUAAAUGUAUUUGGCUAAGGUGUAUGUAAAAUUAUGACUUCAACUGUAUAUAAGUAGGAGUUUAAGCUGUCCUUUAUUUAUUUUAUUCGUAAUUCAUAUUUAACAUUAAAUUAUAAUUUUUCACCAGAGUAAUUCCAAGCAAUGAAUGGAGAAAUGAACUCCACCGCUGCAGACCCCGUUUGGGAGCAGGAUGAUCUGUUGAAGCUGUUGGAUGCCAUGAAGGGGAACCUGCCUGAAAAGGAUCAAGCCAAGUACAAGACAUCCGAGUCCCAUCUGGACUGGGAGAAAGUGGCUUUUAACACAUUCUCUGGAGAGAUGUGCAAACAGAAAUGGCUGGAAGUUUCACGCGAGAUACGCAAAUUCCGCACACUCACUGAGCUGAUUGUGGAUGCCCAGGACUACAUCAAAAAUCCCUACAAAGGAAAGAAACUGAAGAAACACCCGGACUUUCCCAAAAAGCCAUUGACACCAUAUUUCCGUUUUUUUAUGGAAAAACGAGCCAAGUAUGCUAAACUACACCCAGAGAUGAGCAACCUUGAUCUCACAAAAAUCCUUUCGAAAAAAUACAGGGAGCUGCCAGAGCGUAAAAAAGAAAAAUAUGUGAAAGAUUUUCUCAGAGAAAAAGAGUCUUUCGUGCUCAACAUGAUGAAGUUCAAGAAGGACCAUCCAGACCUUGUAGAGAAUGGCAACAAGAAGUCCAAUGUUCCAGAGAAGCCCAAGACACCCCAGCAGCUGUGGUAUUGCCAUGAGAAGAAGGCCUAUCUCAAAGCACAUCCAGAUGCGACCACCAAAGACAUCAAGGAUAGUCUUGGGAAGCAGUGGCCACAGCUCUCGGACAAGAAGAGGAUGAAAUGGAUCAUGAAGUCACUUGAACAGAAAAAAGAGUAUGAGGAGAAGAUGCGUGAGCUCAUUCAACAGCACCCAGAGAUGAACAUCACAGAGGAGGACAUUGUCAAAUCUACUCUGACUAAAGCAGAGAGACACCUAAAGGAUAAGUUUGACGGGCGGCCAGACAAACCACCAUCUAAUGGUUACUCAAUGUUCUGUGCUGAACUGAUGUCCAGUAUGAAAGACGUUCCCAGUACGGAGCGUAUGGUCAUGUGCAGCCAGCGCUGGAAAGUCCUCAAACAGAGUGAGAAGGAUGCAUACCAAAAACGCUGUGAACUGAAAAAGAAAGAAUACGAGGUUGAGAUGAAUCGCUUCUUAUUAAGUAUCUCAGAGGAGGAACAGCAGAGAAUACUGGCAGAACAGAAGAUGAGCAGCUUUAAAAAGGCAGGUGGCGGCACUCCUGCUUCCAAAAAGAAGAGCUCCAAAGCAAAGUCUGCAGAGAAACCCAAGCUUCCUGUUUCUGCAAUGUUCAUUUUCUCGGAGGAGAAGCGCCCUAAACUUCAACAGGAAAGGCCCGAUCUGUCUGAAAUGGAGCUCACCAGACUACUGGCCCGUAUGUGGAACGAGCUUUCUGAUAAGAAGAAGGAGAAAUAUAAAAAUCUGGAAAUGACGCUGAAGGCAGACUCUGAGAGGCAGAGUGAGGAGAAAGGAAAGCGACCAGAAACGCCCAAAACGGCUCAGGAAAUCUGGCAACAGAGCGUCAUUGGAGACUAUCUCGCCCGGUUUAAGAAUGAUCGGAUUAAAGCUCAGAAGGCCAUGGAGGCCACCUGGAACACCAUGGAGAAGAAAGAGAAGAUUGUGUGGAUCAAGAAGGCUGCAGAGGACCAGAAAAGAUACGAGAGAGAGCUGAGUGAGAUGCGAUCUCCUCCUCCAGUCAUUACCCCAGGGAAGAAAAUGAAAUUUGAAGGGGAACCUAAGAAACCACCCUCGAAUGGUUAUCAAAAGUUCUCUCAGGAAAUGUUGUCAAAUGGUGAGCUGAACCAUCUGCCCAUGAAGGAGCGGAUGGGUGAAAUCGGAGGCCGCUGGCAGCGACUCACUCAGAAAGAGAAGGAUCGUUACAAAAAGAUGGCAGAGGAAAAACAGAGGCAGUACAAAGUGCUGAUGGAGCAAUGGCUUGCGAGUUUAUCAGCACAAGAGAAAGCUGUGUAUAAAGAAUAUAAUUCUCUGAAACGGAGGAGCACAGCAAAACCAGGUGGCACCAAUGCUAAAGUGAAAGCCAAGGCCAAAAUAUCGGAGGAUGAAGAAGAGGAGGAGGAUGACGACGAUGAGGAGGAAGAGAAAGAUUCCGACGAUGAAUCUUCCUCUGGUGAAGACAGUGACGAUGACGAUGAUGAAGACGAUGAUGAUAAUGAGGAAGACAUAGACGACGAAGAGGUGGAGGAUAAGGAGAAUAAAUCGGAAAGCAGCAGCAGCGCCUCCAGCUCUGAUGACUCGUCAUGUUCCGACUCGGACUGAGCCAGAGCCGAGUCAGGCCGAGCCCACAGACUGCCAGAAAUGCUGUGAACUGAGCCAUGAGCUGAGGGGUGUAAGCGCUCUGCCCACCACCAGAGGGAGCUCACCCCACUGUAACACAUCUACACCCACCAAGCCACCCAGAUUCUUUUCUUCUGUAUCUGUAUUCCCCUGCACUUUCGGGUUUAUUAGUUCCUCCCUCUAUAAAUUCACUUGGCAGGUUUUAUGGUGUUUUAGGCAAACAAAAUGCGUACUUGGUGAUGCACACUCUAAAUUCCUCCUGACACAAUGCUGAUCACCGAAAAGGGCUUAGUGCUCUACUGUUGGCUUGUAGUCAUUAUGGGGCAUCAUUAGGAUGCACCAAUUUUGUAAUUAAAAGGUAGGGUAAUAGAGGAGAUUGAGAGCACCAGGUGCCAUUUUCUUUUUCGUAAAUGAGCCAAAGAAUCUACGUUUCACAGAUUUGUUUCGGGAGGUACAGGGGACCAAAUAAUUGCACUCUGAAGAAUGUCUGUUUUCUUGCUCUCCAUCUGUACCUUCUAAUAGCGUCUUUUCUCUCCAGUCGCUCCUUUUACUUGCUCCCUCCUUUUUUGCUUUGGUGUUUGUUUUAGCUUUUUCGGUUCAAAAAAUGUGGUGUUUUAAGGAACAAUGAAGCCAUUUUGAAUGUCGCUGCAUGGAACCUGCAGGUCGUGCACUCGCUACUUGUUCGCAAAGUGUUCAUGCGCCACUCUUCCCUGCACCUGAUGAGGGUCAGGAGGUUAAAGGUGAAAAUGGACUAUUUAUUUUUGUCCUGUUAUAAGAACGCUUCCCAUUGCUGUUUUGUGCUUGUGAUGAAGCCAAGGAACCAGCAGAUGAAUUUGAGUUAGCUGUUAAGAGAAUUUAAAACAUCCAAUGUUGUACUGUAUAAUAAGAACUAGCUCAUCAGUUAAUUGCUCGCAAAGUUCUCGCGGAAAAAGCUUGCAUUUGUGUUACGCAGAUUGGGCACCAAAACGUUUCUCAUUUGUUAAUAAUGGUUACAUGUUGUUUAAAGCUGACUUUUUUUUUUUUUUUUUUUUCUAACCACUGUUUUAUUUGGUGCUCCAAAGAGCUGUUUUCCUUUUAAGAUGUUUUGAGAUGUUUUAAAUAUGAUAGAUGUGAGUUACCCCACAAUUCAGUGCACUUAUGAUGAAAUGGCAAGCUCACAAGCCCAGUGUUCUUUCAGUUUUCCUCUCUUCAUUUCAGCCAUCGCCCUAUAAUGUCAACCACUUUAAAGGUUUUUUCACACACCAGCUCAAGGAAUGUAAUGGAGAUGUUUUAUUUAAGAGUGGGGUACUGUUAUUUGUUGUGUGUUUAUGUAUAUAAACAGUUUUGAGGGUAACUGGUAUGUUCUCUGAUUCCAAUGCCCUGGCAAGAAAUGGUUCUUCUAACUAAAUUAAGAUGGUAACCCACAACCCAGCCUCUGACACGAGUUAUAACCUCUUCAGUAUUUGUACAUAGCCAUACUUGUUAUGGGCACAGUAAAUGAAGUUUUUCCUAUCAAGAAAAUUGGGCCUUUCUCAUUUGCAAAUAAACAAAACGAUGACAAGCAAAUGCUAUUUUUUAUUUUCGGGGAUUGCAAUAAGUCAUCCUUUGACAGCUGUAAGUGAAUCUGGAUGCUGUAUUUUCUGUACCAGGCAUUUAAGAACAUGAACAACUAGUUUAUUGAGGAUUUGAGUGACAGGCCAGGAUAAGAGAUUCCAGUGGACCUCUGAAGAUUAGAUUUUUUUUUUUUUUUUUUUUUUUCUUUUUUAAGGACUUUGAGAUUUACAAACAUGCUUGGGUUGGGUUUAGUGCUAUUGUAUGGUAUUUGUAAAUAUUGCUUUAUUCUUUUUUUUUUUCUUUGUAUUGAGUGAACAUUAUUGCGUUUGUAAUUUCAGUUGGCUAAGCAAUCUGCUGCUGUAGCCAAAAAAAGAGUUUGUCUGCUGGGGAAAUGUUUUUAAUUUGGUAAAUUUUAGUUUUUACCCCUUCCCAUGUUUGUUUGUUUAUUUCUAGAAAUGGCAAAAAAAAAAAAAAAAGCAAGCUUAAAUUUGUAAUACACAUUUGAAACAUUUGGAUGUUUUCUAUAGCAAGAGAUGUAUAUCCGUGCAAUUUACAAUUUGGGCAAAUAAACCUCUUAAACUGUUUCACUUUU